CCAGUCUUCACCGCGGAAAGCAUGUUGUGGCUGUUCCAAUCGCUCCUGUUUGUCUUCUGCUUUGGCCCAGGGAACGUAGUUUCACAAAGCAGCUCAACCCCAUUGAUGGUGAACGGGAUUCUGGGGGAGUCAGUAACUCUUCCCCUGGAGCUUCCUGCAGGAGAGAAGGUCAACUCUAUCACUUGGCUUUGCAAUGGAACGUCUCUUGCCUUCAUAGUACUCUGUGAAACCAAAAGUCCAGAAAUCCACAUAACUAAUCCGAAACAGGGAAAGCGACUGAACUUCACCCAGUCCUACUCCCUGCAACUCAGCAACCUGGAGAUGGAAGACACAUGCUCUUACAGUGCCCAGAUAUCCACAGAGACCUCUUCAAAGCUGUCCAGUUACACUCUGAGGAUAUUAAGACAACUGAGGAACAUACAAGUUACCAGUCACAGUCAGCUAUUUCAGAAUAAGACCUGCGAGCUCCAUCUGACUUGCUCUGUGGAGGAUGCAGAUGACAAUGCCUCAUUGAGAUGGGAGGCCUUGGGAAACACACUUUCAAGUCAGCCAAACUUCACUAUCUCCUGGGACCCCAGGAUUUCCAGUGAACAGGACUACAACUGCAUAGCAGAGAAUGCUGUCAGUAAUUUAUCCUUCUCUGUCUCUGCCCAGAAGCUUUGCGGAGGUGUUAAAAUUCAAUAUACAGAUAUCAAAAUGAUUCCGUUUAUGGUUUCUGGGAUAUGCAUAGUCACCAUUUUCAUCAUACUGCUGUUACUUGUUUUGAGGAAAAGAAGAGAUUCCCUACCUUUGUCUACUCAGCGAACACAGGGCUCCGAGUCUGCAGGGAACAUAGAGUAUGUUUCAGUCUCUCCAACGAACAACACUGUGUAUGCUUCAGUCACUCAUUCAAACAGGGAAACGGAAAUCUGGACACCUAUAAAAAAUGAUACUAUCACAAUUUACUCCACAAUUAAUCAUUCCAAAGAGAGUAAACCCACUUUUUCCAGGGCAACUGCCCUUGACAAUGUCGUGUAAGUUGCUGAAAGGCCCAAAGGAAUUCAGAAAUGACACAUCUUCUGAUCCCAUGAGAGAGAAUAAAGAACAGGAAGCUUGGUUCCUCUUGUUCCCAGCAACAGAAUUUGAAUAUCUAGGAUAGGAUGAUCACCUCCAGCCCUUUGGAUUUAAACCUGCUUACCUGAGUCAAACACCUAAGGAUAACAUUAUUUCCAGCAUGUGAUUCAAAUAAUAUUUUCCAAUCCACUUCAGGCCAAAACAUGCUAAAGAUAACACACCAGCACAUUGACUCUCUCUUUGAUAACUAAGCAAAUGGAAUUAUGGUUGACAGAGAGUUUGUAAUCCAAAAGACAACCACUUCUCUCCUUUUAGAAAGCAGCAGGAUUGACUUAUUGAGAAAUAAUACAGUGUGUUGGUUACAUGUGUAGUCUCUGGGGUUGGAUGGGCC